GGUACUUGAGCAUUUUUCUGUGUUUCGUCCAUUUAUACGUAUUUGUCUUCUCGCGAGUUUAUCUUUGAUAAUGGCCAGGGCACGUGAUAUUAAAGAUGGUGAGGAUGUUGGAAACAUCACGGAAGCGACGGAGGCUAACUUGUUCGAGGAGAAACGUCGUGAGCACUUGGAAAAAGUGGCCCUAUUCAAGGAUAUCGUAGCUAAAGUGAAAGAAUGUUUGAGGCUGGUGAAAAAUGGCAAAGAUGAACUGGUGCAGGAGUUCUUGGAGAUCAUCACCCUCGUUGUCACUUUGCCGAAUACUGAUGAUGGCGACAGGAAGACUCUCACAGACUUCGCAUUAGAGUUCGAGAGAGCCAAGCGCAAAGUUGAGGUCAAGGUGGAACUAUUGGAAGAGAUGACAAGGAUUUUCGCGGAGCAAGUGGAUGCACUUGAAGCCAGUACGCCGGCGAUGCCUGAGAACAAGGAUAAGGAAACUUCCUCUGCAGGUUCCUCUGAGCGUGGGGAGAAAUCUGAAGUCGCUGCUGAGGCUUCUUCCCAUGAUGCCCAAAAUUGAGACGCCUUAUCCAAUUGACUGGGAGGAACAGAAGCUAUACUUAUUAUACUAUAUUAACAUCCGAGCAUUGGAAUUUCAUGAAUUUUCCCUUUUUUCUUUCUGUUGUAAU